AUUCAAUCAAGGUUGAAUGUGGCUGUGCACUAGCGCAAAAUCUAAUUAGUCUGCCACGUCCGACUCUUCCCCUCUAGCUCACAGCUGUGCUAGGGUAUGCCUCACAACACUCGAUCACCAACAAACCUCCAACACCGCACCAAACCACUAAAAUCAGCCUUACAACACGUACAAUCAAAGCCCGUCCAUCAUGAUGCUCUAACAGAAGACGAGCACCAGCACCAUCACCCAGCAUCUGAGUCUGAAGCGGGACCUGAGUUAGAUAGCGACUCGGAGAACGUUUCUGACGAGAGUGCCGGGGAUGCUCAGGACGAUGAGGAUGAGGAUGCGGAUGCGCCUCGGGUGGUACAGUGGGCAGACUCGCAAGAUGAGGACAGCGAAGGACUCUCGGAAGAGGAAACAGACGACGACACUAACAUCGUUCUUCCCAUGAAACCUUCCCAAGAUCUGCGGUCUCUCGAAGACGAUCUAUCUUCCGUACCUCUAGGAAUGCUCCGCAAAGCACAACGCACCCUCUCCCAAACCCGCGCUCUAACUGAUUCCGAAUCAGAGUCCGAGUCCGGCGCACCAUCAGAGGAAGACGCAUAUCCAACCAACGACGAACGCCCACAAUCGACUACAUCCAAAGACAAAGACAAAGAACAUCAAGACAAACACUCAAAACCGCGUAAAGACCUCGCCAAAAGAUCUAGCAAGCAUGCAAAUAACCUCCAAACGCCCCGUUACCCGUCGACGAACAGCACCUACGACCCUCAAAAAUUCAAAUCCCAAUAUACUUUCCUUUCCACGCUCCAUACCUCCGAACUCGACACCCUCCGGUCCAACCUCACCCUCGCGCGAAAGCUUCUCUUAAACUCUCCCAAAGACCUACGCGCAGAGCGAGAGCGGGAGGUUGGGAGACUGGAGCUUGCAGUGAAGAGGGCUGAAAGUAGUGUUAAUAGGGACAAGAGGGAGAAGGUGGAGAUGGAGGCGUUGGAUAGGGUCGGGAGGGAGGAGAGGGAGAAGAGGAAAAAGGGGAAGGCAGGUUGGUGGAUGAAGCCGGCCGAGAAAAAAGAGUUGCUGAUGAAAGCUCGCUACGAUGCCAUCGCAUCAAGUGGAGGAAAGCGCGCAGUAAAGAAAGCGAUAGAAAAGAAGCAGAAGAAACAGAGUCAGAAGGAGAAGAGAUCGCGUCCGUUUCCGGCUCCAGGUCGCACCCCCAAAAACACCAGCAUAAGUACGGCUUCCAACAACAUCGACAUCGGAAGUGGAAGUGCAAAGAAGCGCGCACGAUUUACUCUAGACGAAGAAAGAACCCAGCCCUCGAAGAAACGCAGGAAGUUCUGA